AUGGCUAGCUUAAGCAACGGUGCAUGCAAAUUUCUCCUUGGGUUUUUGUUGAUUUUCCUGGUCUCUUUUGCAAAAGGAGAGGAUAUUUUCCUAGAAUGGCAUGUUGCAAUCGAUACAAGAAUCAAGCCAAUUGUCUCAGUCAAUCAGCCGGUUAUCACCAUCAAUGGCAUGUUUCCGGGACCUCUUAUCAAUUCUACAACCAACGACAAUAUUCAUGUCAAUGUUUUCAAUGACUUGGACGAGCCUCUACUCAUGACAUGGAAUGGCAUUCAGCAGCGACUGAACUCAUGGCAAGAUGGGGUUUCCGGGACCAACUGCCCAAUCCAGCCAGGAAAUAAUUGGACUUACGUUUUUCAAAUGAAGGAUCAGAUUGGGAGCUUCUUUUACUUCCCCACAACAAAGUUUCAGAAGGCUGCGGGAGGAUUCGGCCCAAUUCGAGUCAACAAUCGCAUUGUCAUCAAUGUGCCAUUUCCUAAGCCCCAAGAUGAGUUCGACCUUCUUAUUGGUGAUUGGCAUCAAGAGAGUUAUAAGGAUGUCAGAGCCCAAUUGAAUUCUUCACAUACUUUGCCUACUUGGAUGCUCAUGAACGGAAAAGGUCCUUUUGGGAACCCACUUACAACAGCCCACGAAUCCUUCACAGUCUCCCCAGGAAAAACAUAUCGGUUCAGGAUUUCAAAUGUUGGCACUACGUGGAGUUUCAAUUUUAGAAUCCAAAAUCAUAAAAUGCUGUUAGUGGAAACUGAAGGCUCAUACACCAAUCAAAUCACCUUGGACACUCUUGACGUGCAUGUUGGGCAAUCCUAUUCAGUUCUUGUCACAGCUGACCAAAAUGCUGCUGAUUACUACAUCGUGGCUAGUCCUAAAAUGAUAGCUGACACAAAUCAAAGCAGUCUAAUUGCAGUUGGAGUGCUACAUUAUGAAAAUUCUUCCACACCUCCAAAUGGACCUCUUCCUAAGGGACCUGAUCCAUUUGACAUCAACUCAUCCAUAACUCAAGCAAGAUCCGUCAGGUGGAAUUUGACAACAGGUGCUGCAAGGCCUAACCCACAAGGGACUUUCAACGUAUCUAAUGUAACACUGUCCCAAUCCUUUCUUCUACAUGGAGGAGUAACUGCUAAUCUAGAUGGUUUCGUUCACUAUACUGUGAACAAUGUGUCAUACGACACUCCAAACACUGCUUUAAAAUUGGCUGAUUAUGCUCUAAAUGGCUCUGGUGUUUAUCUUCUUGAUGAUUUUCCGGUCCAUCACAUAUCAUCUCUUGCUGUUAAAGGCACGUUUGUCAGAAGUGGGAACCACAAGGGAUGGCUGGAAAUUGUCUUUUUCAAUCAUCAUCAGAAUAUAGACUCUUGGCACUUGGCCGGAUUUGGAUUCUAUACUGUUGGGUAUGGCUAUGGAAAUUGGACUCCUGAAUUUCGUUCUACAUACAAUCUUUACGAUCCAGUUGUCCGUUCUACCGUUCAGGUGUACCCAAAAGGCUGGACGGCAGUAUACGCAUAUUUGGAUAAUCCAGGAAUGUGGAACUUAAGGUCACAAAAUUUGAAGCAUUGGUACCUGGGCCAAGAGCUCUAUGUCAGGGUGCAUGACCCUGAUCCCAACCCAGCUAAAGAGCAUCCUCCACCAGAAAAUUUACUAUACUGUGGUUAG